AUGGCUUCUCGCCCAACACUACACGAAGACUUAACCUCAGCUUUUAUUCGUUACAGAGACGGUCAAGGACAAUAUGAUCCUCUCUUAGACCGUAAGAAAUGUUAAAUAAUUUUUAGUGGAUGCUUUCAACAUGAUUUUGAUACACUGCAAAGCAUUGAAGCACUAGUCAGCUUUUUGUGACGCCAGUGUUUUGCUAAUAGUUUUAAGAAAACUUUCCUACCAUUUUUUAGAAAGGAUAAAAGCCGAAGGAGAAAGGAUCCUUAAAGAAAAUGAUCCUAGAAGCACUUCUCGUAUAAACCCUCAUUCAAUAUUUUGGAUGGUAGCAGCUCUAGCUGUGUUCUAUUACUCAGAUUUUUAUAUUGCACUGAGGUUUGAUUCUAGAAUACAUAGGUAAGCUUAAGUGAUUGAUGCACGAUUCUUAAGUUGUUUAACAUGUAUUGUAUUUUACAUAAUGAUGAUUUCCAGAAAACUAGCUGUCUAAAUUUCCUGGCAGCAGUGCCCUGGUAACCUCAAUGUUGCCCUGGAGACAAAUUUUUGGGAGGAAAUUAUUUUGAUUGUUAUUUCAGUGUUGUGUACGUGACCCUGAAGUAGAGUAGAGCUCUGCUAAUGUUAACUCCCAAAAUCAAUAAAUAGCUGGAGUUAGUGGAGUUUUAUGUUAGCACUUUAAAUUUAUGAAAAUACUUGAGACCAAGAAAAAAAAAAAUAUAUAUAUAUAUAUAACUACAGUUUAGCCUCCACUAAGCAACCACCCUCGGGUCCCCUCGGCAAGUGGCUGCUCAAUACUUCUCAUAUAUUAUUAUGAAUUAGGAUAAUCUUCAGGGCAAACUAUGUGUUGCAUUGUGCAAUACUGAUUUCAGUAAGAAUAGUUUCUGUCAGGAUCGGGCAUUUCUUUGAAGGAGUAUUCCACUGGAGUUGUGGCAAGCUUAGCUGUUCAGCAUUUAUGGGGCUGGGGCUGUAUUUUGUUGUAGUUUUAGAAAUUGUGUGUUUCACAUGUAUGUAGACAUGUAAUUUUUAUUCUAUUGUUAUCCUGUCGAGUUUAAAUUGUUGAAAUAAAUGUUAUUAUUAUUAAUUUUACCUUAAAAUAUGUAAGUUAGAUGCUGAUCGAGGACAUGAAUAAUACUGCAAUUUAAUUUCUACGCAGGACAUGGCUAUACAUUGGAGGGGCUCUGAUAGGUGUAAACCUGUGCAUUGGUUGUUACUGUGUUCUUUGGUUAAGCUACUACAAGAAGAUCACUGAAUGGGACAAACAUAAUCCUUAUGUUAUACCAAUUGCUACUGCAUCAUUUAUUGCUGGCAUGAUUUGGUAAGGAUGAUGUCCAGGUAGAAGUAGGGGGAGGGUUGGGUUACUGCACCACAGGGUUCAACCUCUCACCCAGUUAUAUACUAUUUUUGACAAAAGUUACCGGUACCCCUCUUGUAUACCUUCUAUUGACAGAUGGUAUCCGUUUCACUUUGAUGUACCUGGUUUUACAAUGCUGGAUGCCUUUUAAAUGUUGUUAAAUUAGUCUUGAAUAAGUCACUGAACCAGGAAGUUUUCUUGUCUUUUUGGCAGCCAUAAAAUACAUCUGUGAGCCGGUCCUUUUAGGUCCCAUCGCAGACCAGAAUGACAGAUUUUCCCACCCACAAUCCCUACUCUUUCAGGAACCCCAUAACAACAGGAGGCUUUCAGAGUAGGAGGAGCAUCCCUGUACCUGCCAUUGUAGGGAGUACGUCCACCCCCCCCCCCUGGGCGAUGCCUAUUGUAUUUUUGUUCUGUUCCAACGGGCUGUCACUUGUUUAUUCCUUUUCUGGGGUUGCGCUGUGAUUUUGUGCACAAAGUGGAACAAAUCAAGAAGAAUUCUUUGUUCAUCUGUUAGCUGAGUACCAUAUAGAUUGCUUGCAAUUGCCUAGACUUUUCUCAAAGUCCUUCACUUCUUAUUUCUGGUUCUGGUAGUUGGUCCAGAGCUCUCGCUCUCUCACUCCCGUUUACUGCAGAAAACAUAAAAAAAUCUAUCGCUCGCGCUUCAAGCUCGUGAAAGAACUUGAGCUCAACUUGUAGGCAAGUCUAGCAAUUGUCUUGAAUACGCUCCAAUAAUUUGUAUGAGUGACUAAUUCUAAAUUCUAAAGAAUUUUUUUAAGGGGUUAUACUACCCACAAGCUUUAUAGAGCCAUGACUCUUGUAAGAGAGUUCCGGAGAUCCCUUUACCCAUUUAACUGGUUUUAAUAAAAAAUGUGGAUUUUGCUAGAAAUUAGGCUACAUGUUAUCUUCAAGAAAUGAUGAAAAAAAUCAGGUCAAAGAUCAGAUAAGUUGAUAUAGCUUAGCUCAAACUUACUCAAAUUGCAAAAAAUUCUGUCAAAGCUUAUGGGAGGUAAAUGUACUUCUAAAUAGAACUCAUUUGAUGUAAUGGAGGGUUUUAAUACUUGCUUAUAUACUUGAUCAAAUUAACAGAAGUGACGUUUUUGUUUAUUCUUUUUUUGUACAGCUCAACAUAUGCAUUGUGGCCUGUUUGGAAAAUUCUUUCACCAUUCAUAACAUUUUCGCUCUUUAUGGGCGUUAUAUUUUUAGCUACUUUAAUACCUGUGUAA